UGUGUGGUUUUGAUCUGACUGCGUGUAGAGGUGGUCACCGCUUUCCAAAAGCACCACAAACAUUCGCAGUAAAAAUAGGUUUGAAAUGAUUCUCUCUAACUUUCAGACCUUACCAUAAACAUUCUAGAGUCUGAAAACCUUCACGUUCGUUGAUGUUAAGUACCAGGUGAAAUUAUCUUGCACUUAUCUUGUAGUGUUUAUUGUUUUAUCACCGACGACUGUAGAGAGGAUAAAAACUACAUGGGGUGCAUACUGGGGAAAGAACCACCAUGAGGCUCUCCAUGUGCGCCAGUAAACACACCUCCACAACAAUGUCUCCUGCACCAGCCUUUUUGUGGUGGUCAGGUCUUUUUUCCCUCUUGAUCCUCCUUCCUCUGAUCCAGUCAUGUGAAAAAGGAACGGCGCGAGACUGUGCAGAAGCAGAGUUCGCUCCUGGGUCCGACCUCGCUGGAGAAGGCUUUGACAUCACCAAGAUGCAGCGGAAAGGUUCUUUCGUCAUCGACAUGAAAAAAUGGAAACAGAAGGACAAAUCCUGCACUCUGUGCCGGAACCCUUACAUGGAGGGGAAGAAGCAGAAGCUCCCGGUUUCUGUGGUGGACUGGAGACCAACCCAGAAGUGCAGCAUGAAGGUGUCCAGCUCCAUAUACCAGUCCAGUGAGUCUCUGCUAAGCUCCAGCACCUCCUCUAUCGAAAAUAACUGGAACAUGAAUUUGGGAAUCGACAUGAAGAGGGGUGAAGGGUCGCUCACACUGGCAGGCAGCAACUCCAAGCUGGCCGAGUAUUCGAUGGAGAAAACCAAAAAGGACAGGUUCAGUUUCACCAGUCACAGUGUCUCCUGUGGAUAUUACAAUUACAGGGUUUCUAACAAGCCGUUAAUUCAUCCUGAGUUUAAACAAGCCCUGAGUCAGCUACCCAAGCAGUACAAUCCUCAGUUCAAGCCACGGUUCUACAAGCUCAUCGACACCUUCGGCACUCACUACAUCACCAAGGUGACCCUGGGAGGGAAGGUCCACUCAGUGACCAGUAUCAGACAGUGCCAGACGUCCCUGCAGGGUCUGAGCGUGGACGAGGUGAAGACGUGCCUAGACGUGGAGGCUUCUGCCAGCGUGAUGGGGAAAGCUAAAGCCAACAUUAACAGCAAGCACUGUGACGAAGCCAAGGCCAAGACCGAGGGUAAAAACAGCUUCUCCAGCAGCUUCAACGACCGAUUAACAGAGAUCUCAGGAGGCCACACCACGGAGCCUGAGCUCCUCUUCUCCGCUAAUAAAGAUCCCGGCGCUUAUAAAGAGUGGCUCUCAUCCGUCCCGGCCCACCCGGAUGUGAUCUCAUACUCUCUUCAGCCUCUCCACGAGCUUCUCCCCAACAACAACCCGACCCGAAAGAACCUGCGCAAAGCCCUUCACGACUUCAUCCUGGAGAAGUCUCUGUGGAGAAACUGCUCUGAGCCGUGCAGCACCGGAAUCAAACCCGAUCCCAAAGAACCGUGUUUGUGUUCAUGCAGGAAUAACCCCGGCGUGACCGCUGACUGCUGCCCGUCCAAACGCGGCAUUGCUCGGGUCAAGGUAACGGUACUACGGGCGUCGGGGAUGUGGGGAGACCACACGACCGGCACGGACGGCUACGUCAAAGUUUACGACAAAAACAGCAUGAUGAUCGGACGCACGUCGGUGAUCUAUAACAACAACGAUCCCCACUGGGCCAUGACCUUUGACCUCGGUGAUGUCAUUCUGACAAAUGUCGACCCUUUAAAGCUGGAGGCGUGGGACGAGGACAACAAAUGGGACGACGACCCGCUCGGUGCCUGCACUGUCCCCCUGAAAGCGGGUGUUUUACAGGAUUCCUGUAAUUUAAAUCACGGCAUGCUGUAUUAUAAAACGGAGGUGGUGUGUGCGCCGAGUUUAGCAGGUCCGUCAUGCACCGAUUACGUCGGCUCUCCCAUGAAUUUUAAUCUGGAGAAGGCGUACGUGUCCCGGCACUCUCGGCCCGUCCCGCAGGACAUGCUGCAGGAAAUGGGCGUGAUUCUUGACGAAGCUCCGCUAACUGUUAAGCAGAUCGAAUACGAUGCAAAUAAAAGUGUCAUGCAGCUUCUGUAGCGAAGUUGAGCACCUUCUUAACUCCAUAUUUAUGAUUUAAACAGCAAAACUGACAGAAUCCAUGUACUCGUUAAACCGGUGUGCAAAUCCGAUUAAAAGUUUAUUCAAUUAAGUAAGAAAUAAAACACGAUGAGUUGAUUAUUUUCCUAUAA